UGAAGGCAGUCAGAAAGUGAGGGGUACAUAAGGGAAGAAAAGAAACACGUGGAGAAGAAAUGGCAGUAGGCACUGCACCUGAACAGCAAAACACAGCACUGUGCUGCCAGGUGUCCAGGAUGCUGUGUCACAUUCCAGACCUGGGCAGUGCAGCGAUGGCUGCGUGCAGAACGAGCGCACAGUGCAGCCCAGCCUUGACAUCAAGGUGCCAUCAAGGCUCUUCCAGGAGCAGGACGGGCCACGUGAAGCACCCGUCCGUGCCUGGGGCAGGGCGUGCUGACUUUCUGACCACGCGUUUCUGCAGUAGCGGUGAUUUGGGGGCCCCUGGAGGGACCCACGGCAGUGCCUGGUGUGUGGGUGUCACGGCGAUGGCUUGGCUCCCUCUGGUGCAGCGGCACGAGCAAAACACAGCUGGCUGCACCCAGCUGAGAGAGCUGAGCCCUGCAGGGCUGCCGGCACGGGGUCCUCGGCACGGCAGCUCGUAAUCCCGAUCUCUGGUUGGUUUUACAGUGACUGUUCCCCAUUCUGGAGCAAGCACUGCUCAGCUCCAGCUCGGCUCCUGCUGCACUGUGCUGUGUGGACGGACUCUGGCCUUCGGCUGUGCUUUUUAUUUAAUUAACAGAAAUCAAUGAAAAUAACGGAAAGAGACUUGUGCCAUUGAACAAAACCAGCAAACGACCAUCUGCAGAGGAGGGGAUGUGGGAGCACUAUUCAAAUAAGAGGCAGCCGGAGGGGCUCGGUGCGAUCCGGGAUGGAUCUGUGCGAGCCCGGAUCUGCGUCACUGCACGGCGCUCCGGGGCCAAGAAACGGCGAGCUGCUGCCACGUGUGGGUGAAACUGAGGCUGAGAGGUGCGCAGAUCUGGAUAGGUGCAUCCCAUCCGAUUUGUUAACGCUCUGCUUUGCGUUCCCUGCGGCCUCGGUUCGGACCAUCCUGUGACCUCACUUCUGCGCGCUCACGGCGGCCCGGCCCCGCCCUCACCAAGAUGGCGGCGCCAUUCCCACCAAGAUGGCGGCUCCGCCCUCACCAAGAUGGCGGAAGGGGCGUCGCAGCCGUUACCGGAAGCGGGCGGCACGGUUCCUUCCCGGCCCAGCAUGGCGGAGGCGCCGGGCGAAGGCCCGCGGCUGCCGGAGCUGCUGGAGACGGGCUGGCGGCUGCUGGAGGAGGUGGAGGCCAGCACCGAGCCGUCCUCCGGAGCCCCGUCCGUGCAGGCCAAGGUGCGGCGGGGGCUGGGCGCGCUGCAGCAGGCGGCCGCCAUGGUGGAGGAGCUGCAGCUGUUCAGCGAGAACGAGGAGCUGGAGGAGAUCGCCUCGGCAGAUCUGAAGUACCUGCUGGUGCCCGCGCUGCUGGGUGCGCUGACGCUGCGGCAGGUGGAGCCGAGCCGGCGGCGGGAGCACCUGGAGAGCGCCCGGAAGCACCUGUGCCGCUUCCUGGAGCUGUGCCGCUCCUACGGGCUGAGCGGAGCCCCGCCGCCCCCAGCCGCCCCUCGGGAGGACGGCGAGCCCGGCAGCGCCGCGCAGAGCAGCCUGCUGGCCAUGGCCUCCAGCCGGCAGGCCAAGAUCGAGAGAUAUAAGCAGAAAAAGGAACUGGAGAACAAGUUGGCCUCUCUGAGAACCUUUGUGGAGAGCGGGCAGGCAGAUGAGGAGCAAAUACGGGAGCUGUAUCUACUGCAGGCCCGGAAAUGGGUCAACAUCAGCUUUGAGGAAAUUGAGAGCAUCGACCAGGAAAUGGUCAUCUUGAAGAGCAGGGAUACAAUGAAGCAGUCCUCAGCACCGCCACACGGUCCUUCUCGGCAAGUCAGGACUCCAUUGAAACCUUUCAUUCUUACCCGGGAUGCAGUUCAGGCUAAAGUGUUUGGUGCUGGAUAUCCUGGCCUGCCAACUAUGACUGUAAACGACUGGUAUGAUCAGAAGAGAAGGGAAGAAGCAGCACGUGGUCAGACUGCACCUCAGAGGCCACCAACAGACACAAAUGACGAAGAGUCACAGAAGGAGCAGCAGGAGAAAACAAAGGAGGAGGAUGAUGAGGAAGCUCUUCAAAAAGCUCGGGACUGGGAUGACUGGAAAGAUACACACCCAAGAGGCUAUGGCAACCGGCAGAACAUGGGCUGAUGCUCCAGCAGCAGAGAGAGAGAGCAGGCCUGGAAAUCCUGUAAGAGUUGCCUGUGUCUCGCAGGCGUAGGAAUAAAUGCACUGUACAUAUGCAGAGGUAUCCUUGGCUUCUCUGCGAGUCACUGGAAUCAGAGGAGUGAGCGUGACAAUUUGCUUUGGUUUACAUGAAACGUCAGGCUGACAGCGUGCUUGUCCUGUGCAGUGACAGCAAGGGCUCCUGGCAGCGGGCGCUGUGAUGGGUCAGGCUGCCUCUGCCCUCCCAGUCAGAGGAAGUCCUUGAAAGAAAAGUACCUGAGUUUGGAAACCGCUCUUUGUAUUGUUGGUGGAUGUAUUUAUUUUUUCCUCUAUAUUUUAAACAAAAUAAAAUCUCUUGUGUUGCCUAGUUCUCCUUGUGAAAA